UGACUGAAUUGUUGUCCAUUUGAAGCCGUGGACACUGAAGCUUUUUGCCGCGCAGUGAAGAUUGUUGGGCGCCUCGCGUUGAAGUGGGGUCUGGUAGCGCACUUAUAGCGGCGGGCUACCUCAGUUAAAACACCGGCAAAAAAUACAUGGCAAGAACUCUUGCGUUUCAGCACCUAAAACAACGACAGUUCCUUUCCUUUCGCGAAACCUUCAACGCCUCAACUAGAGGGGGCAUUUGAAACAUUUCGCCUCUUUUUCCAGAAGUCUUUGCACAUAUGAACACUUCCAGUGUAGCCUAGUGUAUCUGUAUUGCAAGCCUAAAAGUAACCUCCAAAUCCAUCGUCGGAGAAUCAGCAACUGACUCUGAGCUCAAUAUGUACCAGGGACAUUUGCAGGGAAGAGACUCUAGGGGUGCAGAUAAGACUGUUGCCAUGGUCCUGAAGGAGAUACCAAGUAAGGCGUCUUCCGAAGGGAAACCCCUCCUGACGGUGACAACCAAGCUGGUGAGUGAGCAACAAGAGAGCCGCCCCCUGCUAAGCCCCUCCAUCGACGACUUUCUCUGUGAGACCAAGUGCGAUGGAGCUGCCCGCCCAGUGACUUCAAACACAGCAGUUCUGACCUCCACAUUGGACCUAUUGGACCUCAGCGAGCCCGGAGAGAGAAUGAACAGCAAACAGGACAAGAAGAGCCCUCUGUCGUCGUCGCAUGGGGAAGGGCCCAAGAACGGGCCUCACCGAAAGAAGACAACAGAUGAGACAGAGCUGAUCCGGGUGGCUGUGGAACAGACUGCCCCCAGCUCACACACUCCUGAUAGAGUGUCACUAGACUCAGUCAUCAUUGCCUCUCCUUUGGAGAAAUGGGAGGAGCUCAACCUCCACCCUGAAAGAAAUGGCAGCAGAAAGUGGAAAUCCUCCAGCGAACAUCUGUGGUCCAUAGACUGCAAAACACAACCAGAGGCAACCUCCAUGAACUCAUUGGAAGGGAACACCAAAGCAGAGGCAGAGCCAGCUCUAGCAUUUCAACUCAACAGACAGUAUAUUAGUGGAAGACAUGGCCGUUUAAGUAAAGAGCGGUUCAGUGGCGGCCUCCUGUCCAGAAACCAGUCCCUGGAGGAAGAGUUUGAGCGCGCCAAGGCGGCUGUCGAGUCAGAUACAGAGUUCUGGGACAAGAUGCAGGCAGAGUGGGAGGAGCUAGCACGGCGGAACUGGUUAACGGAGAACGAGCAGGCCCAGACCCCCUCCAGUGUGUCGCCUCACGAGAAGGGCUACUACUUUCACACGGACAACCCCUACAAGGAUUGGCCCAACGCAUUUGAGGAGGGGUUUCGAAAGUCCAAAGAGGGAGAUCUGCCCAACGCUGUCCUGUUACUGGAGGGGGCCAUUUUACAGGAUCCCCAGGACUCAGAGGCUUGGCAAGUGUUGGGGACCACCCAGGCCGAUAAUGAGAACGAGCAGGCAGCUAUUGUCUCCCUCCAAAGGUGUCUGGAGCUCCACCCCAACAACCUCCAGGCCCUCAUGGCCCUGGCGGUGAGCCUGACCAACACGGGCAUGAGGCAGGAUGCCUGCGAGGCGCUGCUGUGCUGGCUCCGCCACAACUCCAAGUACAAGCACCUGCUGAAGAGCAAGAGACAUCUGGCGGGCUCCCCGGGCUCCCAACGUAGGAUGUCUCGUGUCUCUACUGUGGGCAGGAAUGAGAGCUCCCUAUUGCUGGAGGUCAAGGAGUUGUUCCUGGAGGCUGCCCAGCACAACAGGGAUACCGACCCGGACCUGCAGACGGGCCUGGGCGUGCUGUUCAACAUCAGCGCUGAGUUCAACAAAGCUGUGGAGGCCUUCAAUGCUGCCCUGUCAGUGCGGCCUGAGGACUACCUGCUGUGGAACCGCCUGGGUGCCACGCUGGCUAAUGGGGACCGCAGCGAGGAGGCAGUGGAAGCCUACACCAGAGCCCUGGAGCUCCAGCCGGGCUUCAUUAGGUCCCGCUACAAUCUGGGCAUCAGCUGCAUCAACCUGGGAGCACACAGGGAGGCAGCCAGUAACUUCCUAACGGCCCUGAGUCUGCAGAGGAAGAGCCGGAGUCGGCAACUCUCGCACCAGGUCAUGUCGGGGAACAUCUGGGCCGCCCUGCGGAUAGCCCUGUCCAUGAUGGACCAGCCGGAGCUCUUCCAGGCGGCCAACAUCGGAGACCUAGACCUACUCAUGAAAGCCUUCAACCUGGACAUGUGA